AUGCUCGGCCGUUCCUGUGGCGCAGUCGCCGUCUCGCUGUACACAUACCUUCACAGUGCGGUCUACGAUCCCUGUUCACUCACAUUCGUGGCGUACUCUUCCUAUUGUCGGACCAACGACGGUGCGACGCGAAUUGUGUUGGACCACUUGCUGCACAAUCAGACGUCGGGAUUCGACGCAUUGAUCGGCAGUUCAGGGGCCUCCGUCGAACUUGUCGUUCAACUCACCGAAACCCGCAUUGCUAUCGGAGACUUGAUACCGCUUGUUAAGCACAGUCACCUUGAGCGUCGAGCGGAGCUACAUUCCCUCCUGGAGAAGCUCGCUGAUGACGCCAAGGAUACUAGUCGCUACCUGCAGCAAUUGUCAGCGAGGAUUGACAGCGGCGCUGACCGGUAUGUGGGUGCCUUUGAAGUCGACGUACACGUGUGUGUUGCUCAACCCGUGGAUCCGUACGUCGUACUCAGUGCCUACGAAAUGGCGCUCGGGACGGUGGAAGACGUCCUCAGGAAUCUCGUUAUAUCUGCUCAAGCUGCGCUCGGCAAGCUCGAUGCCCUCGAUUCUCGCCUCCAAGCCAUCGCCGACGUCACCUUCAGUGAGACCGCUGUUGUCAGCGAAGAUAGGGAGCACGUCCUCCGACAGCUAUGGACGUACCUAGGCGGAAACCAGCAGAAGAUCCAUCAGUUCGAGCGCGACGCGGACGUGUUGCGGGACGUCGAGGCAUACAGGAAUGCAGCGGUCGCUCACGUCGGCAUGAUCUUGAAUACACUUGAAAACAUGCAGACUGUUGCAGAGGAAACUCGGCGCAUCGCUUCCGGAGCACUGUUACGCGGAAAGAUACCGGACGAGCUGGUCCUGCAUGUCAUAUCUGACGGCACCGGGAGAAUGAAGGCGAGGCGCGUAGAGGUUGCCAUACCUAACCUCGAAAACUAG